CCGCCGCGCGCACCUCACAAGGCAAUCGCGGGAUGCUGGGACUAUAAAUGAGGCACGGCUUGCCAUCGGCCGGCACGCUCUCAGUCGCUCCGACUCGGGAACCAGGUCAUCAGCGGAGAUAGCAGGCAAUACUUCGUCCCGCUAGGCUAACUCGCUUUGGGCUUUGGUUCAGGAUGGAGACCUUCUCGAUUUCUCGGAGCCGACGAUGCUCCAUCGUGCGCAGCUGCAAAAGUGGCCUCUCCCUUUGGCUGGUGGUGUGGAUGGUCCUCGGCAAGCCAAGUCCGGCGGCGGGGUGCCCGCACCUGUGCGUGUGCUACCCGACGCCAAUGACCGUGAGCUGCCAGGCGCAGAACUUCACCACCGUCCCGGUCGGUGUGCCGUAUGAGUCGCAGCGCGUUUUCCUCCAGAACAACAGGAUCACGGAGCUUAGAGUUGGCUCUUUUGGCUUUGGGACACAGGUUCUGUGGCUGUUUUCCAACAACAUUACAUGGAUCGAAGCAGGGGCUUUCAGUGAGCUGAGGGACUUGGAGGAGUUGGAUCUUGGGGACAACCCUAACCUUCACCGGCUGGAAGGAGGAGCCUUCCGCGGCCUGGAGAAGCUCCAGAGCCUCCAUAUGCACCGCUGCAAACUCACCGCCCUGCCUCACGACAUCUUCCGCAAGCUUUACAGCCUGCACUAUCUCUACUUGCAGGAAAACAAUCUACACUUCCUGCAGGAUGACAUCUUUUCUGACCUCAUCAACCUGAGUCAGCUUUUCCUGCAUGGAAACCGAAUACGCACCAUCUCUGAAAAUGUAUUCCGCGGCUUGGUAAACCUUGACCGCUUGCUCCUUCACGACAACCGUGUGAGGCAGGUCAACCGCCGGGCCUUCCGCGACCUCGGUCGCCUGACCAUGUUGUUCCUCUUCAACAAUUCUCUGCCCGAGCUGCCCAGUCAGACCUUGAGGGACACUCAGGGCAUAGAAUUCCUCCGCCUCAAUGCCAACCCCUGGUCCUGCGGCUGCGAAGCCCGCGCCCUGUGGGAGUGGUUCCGGGAGGCCCGCGUCUCUUCAUCUGAGGUGAUCUGCGCAUCACCUUCCACGCGCCGUGGCCAAGACCUUCGCUUUCUUCGAGAAAUGGACUUUGCCCUCUGCCCGUUGCCUGACCCAGGCUCCAUCGCCGGGUCCACCACCACCACCUUCAGUACGAAAACUCGAUGGUGGUUCCACAAAAACAAGCCCCAGUCGUCAACCAAAGGUCUCUUUGAGAAGUCUUCAGAGACUGUCAAAGCCGGCUUGUACGGGAAAGGCCCGUCCACGAGCACGUCAGUGGUCAAGUACGAGUUGGGGGAGGAAGAACUCGCACUGCCUAAACUUGACCAGGAAGAGUACUGGGCAAACUAUGGCAACGAGGACUCAGGUGUCACCCUGCGAUGCUUUGAGCUCGAAUGUCCACCUGAGUUUGACCUGCCUCCAUCUUCCUCCACUACCUCACCGUCCUUUCCCUCUUCCCUUUCAGUACUAGCCGUCUCAGUAUUCACGUUGAACCUCCACUUGCUAUUUGGCUGAACCCAUCUUCAAGUGCCCAGCUCCUUACCUUCCAGCCUGUUUUAAAGGCUGCAAGAACCCAUAUUGAGACUCUACACUGCCCUUGGCAGCUCUGUUGUUUGCCAAUUCUCAAGGCUCAGCGAGCUGCACAGGAAGAUUCCGAUUCUACCACCCUAUAGGGCUUAAUACUUUUCAGGGCUGCUAGAAGAUCUUUAGAUACAACACUCUACAGGCACGGCGUUGCGCUUGAAGCCUGAAUGAUGUCAUGAUUUUCCUGAAAUCAAGGCUGUGAGGGCUAAGUCCAUCAUUAACAUCAGCGAGAUUUGAAAGCAGUUGUCAAUGAUGUCAUUAUUUUCGUCAACUCAACUGAGUCAAAACUACUAGUGCUAUUAUUGCACCUGGGUAACUGGUUUAUACUAAUUACUGUUAGAAAACAGUGCGUAGUAACAACAGUAUUGUAACCACUUACAGUGCCAUGUAAAUACCUGUGUAUGUUUGUUGUGAGUGCUCAAUUUGAUGUGGUCUAGCUCAUCUUGAUCCAGGCAAACUGUGAAGACGUUGAGGAAGGAGACAGAGAUCAGAGUUUUCAAAGCUGCUCAGGGAGUGACGGGAAAAGUCAAGAAAUGAGUGGUCGGACAUGAAAACCACAGAGAGUAAAGAUCAUUGUAAAGUGACAGAUCUAGAAUGAAGAUAGUGAGCGUGAGUGAUGGAGCGAGACAGACAGACAGACAGACAGACAGGCAGAGAGGGUCGACAGUACCCUCGCAACAAUAGGUAUACUAAAAGAGCCGUUCAUCAUCAGCUAUUUGUAUCUCAAUGUUUUUUUUUUGCAUUUUAUUCCCUUCUGUAAAUACGCUGACUUUUAGGACAAACACUGGAAACAAAUUCUUCCUUUCAGGAAGCCUGAGAAUGGUUGUUGGAUGUCUUUCUGUGACAUAUUGAUAUUAUGUAAAAAGCCUGUUGA